UUUUCCCCUUUCGAUUUGAGUUAGCGGAAUACUCAGAAUUCACAUGAUUCCGACCCUUAGAUGAUUCAAUCCACGACGGAUUAUUGAGAGCAAGCCGCUUCAAGAUGUUCCUCUGAGGAAUGGGAACAAAAGUAGAUAGCAAAGGCUAUUUUCCGGGAUAUUACCUCAUGAGAGAUCUUAAUGAGGAUUCUAGCAGUAGUAGCUGGCCCCUUUGUUACGGAGAUAAGGCUAUCUUGAACAGACAAUAUUACAAUGGCUUCAUGCCCAGGAGAGCAAUGGAUGGUUAUCCUGGGUAUGGCAAGGAUGCAUUGAAGCAGAAAAUGCUUGAACAUGAGGCUGUUUUUAAGAAUCAGGUUUAUGAACUCCACCGACUUUACCAGAACCAAAGAGCUAUAAUGGAAGAACACAGAAGGAAAGAACUGCAUAGAAUCCGACCAUCAAUAGAGCCUUCAUCAUCGUCAAAUCUCAGAGGGCCUCAAGUUCCAUCAAAAGAAGCUUGGAAAUGGCACAUGCCGGGCUUUCCUAUGUUGAAUUCUACUUAUGAAAGAACAUCUGUAUCUGGGAUUGAAAUUGCUAAUUCUCCUAUGAGUUGUACGAAAUGGAAUGCCAAUGCACAAACUGGCCAUUUUCCAUUCCAGAAUGGGUCUUUUUCUGUAAAAGACUCUGAACUGUUAGAUUCAAGACCGUUGAAGGUGAGGAAGAAGUCGUUUGAUCUUGAGCUACCAGCGGAUGAAUACAUUGACACUGAUGAAGGCAAAGAAUCACCGGAUUGCAAAGGAUCACAUGUAUCAAGUUGGGCUCCUAACGGAAGGCUAAAAAGUGGGCCUGAAACUCAGAAAUCUGUUGGGCAUAUUGGUGCAACAACUGAUUGUAGGAUAGAUGUCUCAGCUUCUGGUUCUUGUUUGGAGAACCCUAUUAGGUUGGCUGAUCUUAAUGAACCCAUAGAUGUUGAAGAGGAAACUGCUCCUUUGUCGACUAAUUUCUUUGGCCAUAGCUCUAUCAACCGACAUACUAAUGGUGUAAAUCAGCAUGCUAUGUCGAAUGUCGGUUAUUUGGGUGCAAAUGCCAAAACAGCACAUUACAGGGAUGGUUUUAUGAUUAACUCAUCUGUUGAGAGUAAAGUUAAUGAGAGGGGACCUCUUUCCCAUAUUUAUGAAGCAGGGUCCAGCAAAAGUAACUUCUAUUCAGUAACUCCUGGUCUUCAGCAAGAUAAGUAUCAUCCAGUGCAAUGCAUGCUCAAUCCAUAUGAUUAUCCUCCUGGAAUGUAUCUGGCUUCACAUAGUCGAGAAGAUUCUUUGAGGGAGGGAAACCACCAUCAUCUAGAAUCCUCUAAUAAAAGUCGCACUCAGUCCAAUCAUAGAUUCAUGGAUCCCCAUAUGGCUUCUAACACACCUGGCUCGGGCCCAUUCUUUAGUUCAUCUUAUUUUUCUGGUACGUGGCCUCACGCUGUCUCAUCCUGGGGAAAACCAGCUAAAGUCUUUAAUCAGAAGAUGACCGCGCUGGAUUCAUGUCUGAACCAGGCCGCAGCAAUGGAUCGAGGGCUGCAGACUUCAGCACAGUGCCGGGAAAACUUUGGAGGAAAGUGGCGUGUGGGUGACGACUUCAGGUUGAACCCUGGUUUGGGUGGUGAGCUGUCGACGCGGGAUGGUUUUUAUCAUGGAUCUGCCUCAGGGACAAAAGAUAUGAAAGUUCACUUGCCCUCGUCGUGCGUUGAUUACCUUAACUGCAGUAGGGGCGAAAAUAUAGCAUCUGACCGCAGGACUAAUCAUGGAUAUGGCCAUUUCCCAAAAGGGUCCUCCUUUGCAGAUUCAAAACCUGCGAUAGAUAUUAACUUGAACGAGUUGGUUUCAAAGAGCUCGUCUAAUGAGGUAACAGUCCUGCAAGAUGUUCCUACGGUAGAUGACAAAGGUAAGCCUGAAGGCUACAUAUCUUCAUUGCCCUGGCUUAAAAAUAAGCCGGCCCGUGCUAAUGAUGCUGCAAAUUUUAGAAACUACGUCCAUGAUUCUUCCAGUCAAUUGUCUUGCAAAACUGAAAUUGUUAGAGAUCUUAAUGAGCCAUUCACCCCAAUAGUGAAGUUAGAUUUGAGUGAGACGAAGACAGCCAGGAAUCAGAAUAUUAAGAAAAUUCUGGGUUUCCCUAUUUUUGAAGCAGGUGAUCUGAAAAAUGAGCCCUUUCCCCAUGUUUCCUCCUCGGCAAGUUUUAGUUGCCCUCGUGAUGGAAACGGUGUCAUUAAGGAAAGGAAGAAUAGAGUAAUCGAUAUAAACCUAGAGUAUGAACCAGAAGAAGAGGUUGUGGAGAAAGAAAAGCAAACAAAAUGUGGUGUUGUCAGGGACUUCAUUGACUUGAAUUCGUGUAUAACUGACUGUGAAGAGGCUUUAGUACCUUCUUACGGGAACAAGACCGGUAAGGUGAUGCUUGACAUAGAUUUGGAAUCUCCUGCUCUUCCCGAGAAAGAAUCCCACGAGGAUGCUGCGAGUGCAGUAGUAUCAUUAAAGCUGGAAAAUAAAACCAAUUCGUCACAGGAUGAAGUUCUUAGAACUGCAGCUGAAGCAAUUGUUGAUAUGUCAUCAUCCUGUCUGAAAAUGCAUCUAGAGGAGAGUAACAGCAUUGAUCGUAUGGAAGCUUCCUUGGCAGAAUCGUUUAUGUGGUUUGUCAACACCGUGUCCUUGUGUCCAGAUGAAAGUGCAUCCACAGAUAUAGACGGCUUGCUAAAGGACUUAUCCGAGGAGAUGGAUUAUUUUGAGGAAAUGACAUUGCAAAUACCAGAGACAAAGGAGGAGGAUUACAUGCCAACUCCCUUCGUCCCAGAGCUCCAGAAGAAGGAAGAGGCUGUGGUUAAUGCAGUAACAAGGCCACGAAGGGGUCAGUCGAGGAGAGGGAGGCAGCGGAGGGACUUCCAAAGGGACAUCCUUCCGGGUCUGACAUCACUGUCGCGUUAUGAGGUAACUGAAGAUAUCCAGACAUUUGGGGGUAUGAUGAGAGCCACAGGGCAUCGCUGGGUUUCGGGGCUGGCCAGAAGAAACGGCACCAGAAAUGGGGGUGGGCGGGGCUGGAGACGAGCUGUGGCGGAGACAGUCCCUACUGCCUCUCCAACCCCACUAAUAGAGCGAAUCAACAGCAUAGAUGCUGGUUUGGAGGAUAGAAGCCUGACGGGGUGGGGGAAGACGCCAAGGCGCCCCAGACGGCAGAGAUGCCCAGCAGUAGGUAAUCCUCCUGCUGUGGUGUUAACUUAAAUAAUUGAGAGAGAAAAAAGAGAGUACAUUCCUUUAUUGAUCAUAGAGAAAAACACAAGAGAUGAGGGAUCUUGUUUCAACUUUCAUCACUUUUGUGAGAGAGAGAGAGAGAGAGAGAGACUGUGUUGUGGUCUUGGUAAUUUGUCUUGUAAAUGCCGUUGCAUCUCAACAUAAUUUGUCUUUUCUCCAUUGUACUUUGAGUUGCUCCAACUUGUAGAAAUAAUAUUGCUUGAUUUCAUCAUGGAUA